UCACGGAAAUUCCUGGUGUCGACUGGUCAGCGAGUGAUGUCCUUAAACUCAUCCAGCCUUUUGGAAAUCUUACUGACAUUAUCUCUGCUCCAUCAGUUGGAAAGGCUCUUGUGUCUCUGCCAGACUUGAAGACUGCACAAGAGGUUGUUAAAGUUCACACCUCCAUUCCUGCAAAGAUUAAAGACUGUGAAGUGAAGAUGUUCAAUAUCGAAGAGCUAGUUUGCAUUGAUACCCCAGUGGCACUCUACAAUCUACUGAUGCAGUCAUUUCACCCAUUGGAGAAUUCAUCUCCAGUUAGUUGGAGUAGCCUUUUGGUGAUCAAUAAUGUUCCUGACACCCCCACUGGCCCCUCUGAAGUUAAGAAACUAGUUCAGCGUUUUGGGACUGUGGUCAAAACUCUGGAACUUAACAAUGUGGUAAUUUGUGAGAUGGAAACUGGAGCCAUGGCCCUGUCUGUCUACAAACGCUUCCAGAGGUUUCCAUGCAUUGUACAAAACAACCCUUUGUUCUUUUCACGCAAGCCUGACCCCAAAACUAACACACAGACUCAAGUAUUUUCUCCAAACCUACAUUUGCGUGAGGAUAUUUUUGAAAAUGAUGAAGACCGCAAUACAGAUGCAGCUGAUCAAGAUAAGAUAGCACAUUCUGUGGAGUUGAGAAAAGAGCACAAUAUAUUAAUGGGCCCUCAAACAGUGCCUAUUGAAGAUGAACUGGCUGGAGAAAAUGGAAGCCUUGUCACUCAGGACCAUUUGAAUGUGCUGUCUGAAUCUGCACUUGAACCAGACAAAAAGACUGACAAAGAGAAUGUAGGAACUACUAUAGCAGUCUCUAAGUCUAACAAGAAAGAUGAAUCAGCAAAUGAGACUAUUUUGCAGACAACUGUAAAUGCAACCGAUUUAGAAAAGAUUCAUGUUGGUCAAUGUGAUUCUACAGAUAUUGCAUUUUCAGAGUUUUCUAAGGAUACUGUAGAGGUGGACAGUGGAGCAGAAACAAAUCACCCUCGAAAUAAAAUGGCAGGCUCUGCAAAUGAAGAAGUUCAUCUGGAGACAGAAGUGGGAAAGGCAGCUUACCAAAUAAAAGAGUCAGGUGGACACAAAUUAGUUGAUGCAGAGGUUGGUUUAAACACUCGAGAGAGUGAGAAAGUUGACAAAGAGGCAAAAAAGGAGAAGGAAUUUAGGGGAAGAGGGCGAAAAAUGAGGGAGCAGUGGGUCCAGAAGGAUUCACAAAGGACCAAGUGGGAUCGGGAGCAAGAGGAAAGAACCAUAAAAGAGAGGAGGGAAAUGGAGAGGAAGAACGAACAUGGAGUUCUGUCCUCAGGACUAUAUGAGUCAUGCAGGUUUGAGACAUAUAAAAGCAACUCAAAUCUGGGUGAACAAAGAAUUUCUAACAAAUCAGAUGCUGAAUUGCCCAAGAUGGAUAGGGUUGAAGAUUUUGAUUCAUUCCCAUUGACCAUGAGUGAGUUUGUGACUGUGGAUGAAGUUGGGGAUGUGACUGAUUUGAAUGACUUCCCUCUUCCGCCUUCUCCUGCUGCUUCAGAGAAAACCACAGAGCAAGAGAAGUCACAAACAAAAGUCCCACAGGACACUCAUGAGGUCAGACCUUUGGAUGUGAUCGCGCAGUCUAAGGAGAAGUCUGAUUAUCCUAUAACAGAUUGUCAGCAUCAGCCCAUGAUCAUUGAAGAUUCCAUUACAGAUUUUGGACAUCAGCGUACAAUUUCACCUGGGACCUCUGUCAGUGCAUCAUCAGAUGUGAUUGGCAUGCUGAGUUGCAAAAUUGCAAACCCAUCCACAAAAACUCGGCACGAAUUUUCUCCUGCCGUCCAAAAAGUAGUGCCAACUUGUCAACCAGAAACAAAUGAGACAGAAAAUAUACUCUCCGCUGCCACAGAAUGUAUAAUCAUGAUUGAGACUCUUCCAACACCACCUAUUUCAAGUAAAACUGUCAUUGAUGACUCACUAUCAGAUCAACACACUAUGAAGGUGAAAAUAACUUCAGGAAAUAUUACUGCAGAAGAAAGGAAAGACAAAGCAACAGCUGUGGUUAAGAGCCCUUUAAAUGAAGCGCAGACCGUAAUGGAAAAUGUGCAAAUGAGAGAGGGCACAUGGAUGAGCUUUUCUUCUGCUGAGCCAGGGAGACACAUGAUGUCUGACACUCCAAAAGUCACUGAAAAGAAGAGUGAGGAUAAGCCAAGAACAGAAACUCUCAUGGCCACAGACAAAACUGUCCAUUUUGAUCCGAGCAUACCAGUUGGUAUGGAAUUCUUGGUUCCUAAAACAGGCUUCUUCUGCAAAGCGUGUAACCGUUUUUUCAGUGGAAGUAAAGACACACAGAUCACCCAUUGCAAAAGCUUCAAGCACUUUGAAAACGUGCAAAAAUACUUGGUGACAAAAAGAACAAAAGGUCAAUUGUAUUGAGAGCUGCUUGAAUGACAUGUCAUUCUUUUAAUUUGAGUUCAUUUUUCUUUGUUGUCUUGGGAAACAAAGGCACUCAAAAAUGCUUAACCCCCAGUCCACAGCUUCUGUAAAUGUUUAAUGUUUCACUCAACAGAUAACAGAUGUCAACGCAUCAUGUGACUUUCAGAAGAUUAACCCGUUUUGAAUGGACAAAUGAUUUAAAAUGUAUUAUUACAAAACAAAUUGGCGGGGGUAAAUUAAGAUAAAUGAUUUCAGGAAAACAUUGUUGCCAAAACAGCAGUUGCUUUGGUAAUGGUGUGCUCUGCUUUUACUCCUUUGCAGAACAUAUGGUCUGGGUAUGAAGGAAAAUGAUUGCCUUAAUGGAAUUCCGAACUCCUCUAUACCUGCAUGAUUUGUGUUCAUUUAUGUUUCUGUGAAGUUGAGUUGUCUAGUUGAUUGUAAUUUGAAAUAGAUAUAAGUAGACUUGUUCGAUUUAUUGUUUCUUUGUACUGUCUUGGUUUGACUGAAAUGCACACUGAUUCCUGAUCAAGGAACAGAGUGUAACUAACAUUAAGAGGCAAGAAAUAACACAUGCAAAAUGAACUAUCAUUUUUUCAGCUUUUUCAAUAUAUUGUACUAAUGUACCUUGCAACCAAUUGUACUGUGCAUUAAAGAAACUUUAGUGAACAGUU